GCAGAUGCCAGUACGCUGUGUUCAAUCGUCCAGAGUGGUGUGUUCCGGAGCUCCCACCAUACAGUGGUUAUCUUGUACACUUGAGAUUGAGAGUGACACGGCGAUUUUCACCGGAGCUCAUCACUGUCAUCUGCGUCCUCACCUGUAUGGAGGCAGCCAUGUACAUGAGCUCGGCACCCCCACCGUCACUCCACCACUACCCCUACGGGCACACGUCUCACUCAGGCCCGCAGGCGUCGCGCUACCCUCCGGUGCCCACCACGGCCGGCGGGCUGCACGCUCUCGCCGAGGCCAGCCAUGUAUCUAUGUACUCUUCCCAGGCGAUGAGCUGGUCCCAACGCCCCGAGCAGGUCUCCCUCCACAACUCGGGCAUGCACGAAAACCCGUAUUACGGCCAAGAACAGGACUUGUCCUGCAAUAAGACCCUAGAGGAGCGAACCAACAUGGCAGUGCCCACGUCUUGUGUUCUGAACUCGAACGUUGUGAACGACGACGACAGGCUGUCCUGCUCUAGUGUGUCCCCCACAAACAAUAGAGAGAACUCAGACUCGAGUUUUAAGCUGGACCUGUCGGCCAAGCCGAGGAAAGAGCGCACAGCCUUCACCAAACAGCAGAUCAUGGAGCUGGAGAACGAGUUCCGCCAUCACAACUACCUGACGAGGCUCCGCAGGUACGAGAUCGCCGUCAAACUGGACCUCACCGAGCGUCAGGUCAAGGUGUGGUUCCAGAACCGGCGGAUGAAGUGGAAGAGGACGAAGGGCGGAGCGGCCAUGAGGGACAAGGAGGCCCUGAAAGAACUUCUGCCUCGCGACCCUGACCUUGAAGAUGAUCCGCCAUGUUUGAACGGAGACCAUGUACACAACAGCUAGUACCCAUAAUACUCCUUCCCAUCGUACACCGCUUCGGUAUGAAUUUUGCAGUCGCAACCCACCGGAAAACAUAUUUUGUAUUUUUAAGAGUCGUCUAUACCUUGAUCCUAGGUCUAGUGACUUUUCACACUAGAAGAAGACGAUGGAUUGUUUUCGAAAGAAAUCUUACAAAUCGUCACUGAUUUUAAAGUUAGUAGUUUCUCACAUAACGCAUUGACGUUAGCUAGAACGUGUUCAUUCCAUGUAAAUAGUAAAGAUAAGGUGUUGAUGACAGCAGAGCUAAUCAUCAGUAAUUGUAGCUUGUUUAUGGAAUAUUUCAAUUGUUCUCGUGAUGCCACGUAACAUCACGCGAGAAUUAAGGAGUUCAGGCGGUACAUGUUCAUCACAUUUGAAUUUUUGACGGAGCUUAGAAUAACUGAUGUUGUAGUUUUCUUUUGUUUUACUGAGUUAUAAUUAAUUGUAUUAUCAACUGAGCUCUUUUGCCUUUGUAUGUUUUAGUCUUGUGACCUACAAGGUGUAAGAAAUGAUCGGUGAAUUCAUUAUCAUUGAUAAGCAACACAGCAUGGAGAAAAAGUGGUGGAAAAUUGGUCAUGUUGCGUUCUAAUCGUCCUAGUAGUGCCCACAUUUCACAGUCAUUUGUCGGUACAAUUUGGGGCAUGUAUAUAUACGUAUUACUAGAGCUAUGUGUGUGGCAGUUUUAAUGGAGCCCCGAAUGUGAUACCACGCCAGCUGCCAAUGACGGACUAUUUUCAUUGAUGCUGUCUUCCCGCCAAAUUUUAUGUCCCACUGUCAGUAUGGCGGCUAUUUAAACAUUGGUAUGCUAUAUGUGUGUGGGAAAAGUAGCUGUAACAUUGCUAAGUAUGUGUCAGGUGGGAUCGGAUUAUUCUAGGCUUGUUUGCUAUGGUGUGGUCAUCACAACGAGCAAUUCUGUUGCCGCUCAUGUUUCACGUGAGUAACAGCUAUUAUUGCCAUCUUCAAACUCUUUUUAUGUGAAAUACAUGUACCGUCAUCUUUGAAAUUAUGUUGGGUUUAAUGUUCUUUUUUUAUCGAAACAUUCAAGUACAAUACAUGAUGACGACAUACUCAAGCUUUCUGCUUAUUUUCGUGUCGCUAUCGACAGAGUACAUUGCAAAAGUACAUAGCAAAGAUAGCAAAGAAGUACUAAAACACAAAUAAACCACAGAAAUACUGUACAACAAAUUAUGUAAAAUAAACCACAUAACAAUCAUGACAUGUAAGAAAAAUGAAAUUGACUGUACAGGUGAAUUGUUAGCCUGAUUUGAGUUUGCGUUACACAGACUAGUGAAUUGUGAGCAGGUACUACAAGGCUGGUAGGAUGGAAGUUUUGCUACUCAGAUCUUUUGGUUCUUGUUAGCGGUUUUCAAAACACUGAAUCUUUGGAGGGUUGACACUACUUGGGAAUUAAACAGCUGCGACGUUGUAAAUGGACCAGUGAAACUGUAUCCAGAUAAUGAGAAUCGACCGUGUUGUUGUAAGGUGGAAACCCUGUCAACAGCGGACUAAGAAAAAUGCCGGUUUGACCCUAUAACAGAGAUAACCCGCUCUCCACUGAUCUCUUCAGUUUACGUUUCGCCUCUGCACCUGUCAGCAUUUGUUUUCACCCGUCUGUGUUCUACUGAUACCAACUUGUUUAGUUACACAUGGUGUAUGGAGGCAUGUUUAUUGUUGUACCUUGUACUUUCUCAUGUUUCUUAUGUUGCAUAGUUCGGACUAUGGACAAUAAUGCACUAUUGUAAAUACAUGUUUGUGUACCGGAAAA